AUAUGACGUCACGAUGUAAAUAAACCAUGCGGUCAACCUCGGAUAUCUAUGUGAGGAGAUAAGGACGAAUGUACAUGUCCAAUUAACGAAUGUCAACAAUCAGUUGUAUGUGAUAAAGAAUAAACUAACAAUGGCGUGGAAUUUUCAGUCACAUGGGGCACCAUGUCACCAACAACAGGUGCAGCAUUAUCAACAAAAUCACCCACAAUACACCGGACAGGGACAAAGUCAACACUACGGAAAUUACGGAAAUUUCUAUCAACAAAAUGUGUUUCAAACUAAUGCGUGGCAGGCUUACCAAAUGAGUGAAGAGCAGGAGUUAGCCAACAUCUUUGCACAUUAUGUCAACAAAAGUCAAGCUAAUACGGUAAGAUUCACAUGGAGUCGAGAACUGUGCAGUGUGUUGAUGGCAAUGUUGGAUCGUAACCCCGACGGAUUUAUGCAGUGGGCGGAGUUUAUGGAGCUACAGAAAUGCUUGCUUGCCUGGCACAACAUGUUCAGACGGCAUGACACCGACGGGUCGGGUUAUAUAGAGUCACACGAGCUUGGUAAUGUUAUACAACAAUUCGGUUACCGUAUCAACCCUGAUGUCAUGACAACGUUACUCAAACGUUACUCGAGAGCCCACGUUGUCAAUGGUCAAGUCCGAACGUUAAUUGCUUUUGAUGAUUUUGUGUCGCUUUGCGUGCGAUUACGUGCAUAUACAGAUGCUUUCCGGAAACGAGACCGUGUGUGCCACGGCGGACAAGAAACUGGCACGUGCACCUACCAAUAUGACGAUUUUCUCCGGUGUGUAAUGUGCCUGUAAGUACUGGGUACUUGAUGGAAGGAUAAAUGUGACCGACAACCAGGAUGAAGUACCACAUGACAUUUAAUAUAGACUUCUGCGUUGAUUAUGUGUCAUCCAGUGCAUAAAAGACAAUUUCAUUUGAAUAACAUCUUGUUAUCUUAUUUUAUUACCUCAUUUUUUCAUUUUAGAUGAGAACAACACACUGACGUUAAUUAGAGUUCAUAGAAAUGCUGUCUAAAGUUAGUGUAUUUAUUGUAGCAUAUAAUUUUGAGAAUAUUUUGAAGAACUUAAGUUACUUUGUAAAGUAUUUAUCGUUAAAUAAAGGUAUUUAAACCAGGAUAGAUAAGAUAUAUUUACAACUUGUGUUCAUUGGUGUACGGAUAUAUCACGUGACCGAAUGGCUGUUGUCAUUUAAAAUGUAUGUUAUUGUAUUUGAUAGUUACUUACGUCAUGUGACAGUCUAUGUUUAAAAAAUAAAAUGUGUAAAAUUAA